AUGACAAUAGUUAUUUACAUGACAAGGGAUAAAAAGUUGAAAAUUUUAUUUGAUAAGGACGUGGAACCUCGUGGAAUAACGGAUGAACUGAGCGACGACAGUUUAGCAGAAGUAUUAUAUGAUUUUCGAUCGAAAAAACAUGGGUCUGAUGAAGAAAGCGACGACGACGAUGAAGAGGACGAUGAUGAUGAUAACUGGGAACGAGAUGAUGGUAUCCAUGAAGUUUGGGAAGAUGACAAUGAUUACGAUCAUGUCAAAUAUGUGAAAGAAGUUGGUGAAUGGAAAGAAAUUGAGGAUAGGGAUUAUGAAGAUGAUGACUACGAAGAGUUUGAAGAAGAUCACUGGGUGGAAGAAAGUCAUCAUGGAAGGUGGUCCGAAGUGGUCGAAGAGGUUGAAGAUGAGGGCGCUGAUGAGGAUGAAUGGGAGGAGUUUGAUAAUGAUGAUGAUGAUGAGCAUGAUGAAAAUGUCGGGGAUGGUUCAGAGGAUGAAGAUUGGGAGGAAUGGGCGGAAGAGAGAUGA